AGUCCCACUCAUCAGUUUAUCAGGCAGGCUCCAGAUUUCUUCGUGGUUCGGUGGCAGCCGGUGGAUAGCCAAAGGAAAGCCCCCGUUUGCAGGGUGGGCGCGCGAGCAAAGGCAGAAUUCUUUAAGAAGAAGAAGAAAGCGAAGUCUUUCCAAACGACGCGCAGCGAGCUGGUCGGGAGAGCCGAGCAUCCAAACAGGGUUCUGCCUUCCUCCGCAUACCAUCAAGCCGUCAGUACAGGUGGACAGCAGGGCCGGGUGCCAAAUUCUUUUGGUUUAAAGGAAGGAGUGGGAGGGAAUCUUCUGAAUCUCCCUCCUGGAAGGGUUUCACUUUCCUCUAGCAAAUGAGAAGGACAAGCUACUACAUUCGGUUCCAAACGCUCGGGGAGAAUGGCUUUUUCGCAGCGGGCUUGUUAAAACCGAGCAGCACAGUUUAUGGUCGCCAGCGCCAGAGGAAAGGAAAAGAAGAAUUAGUGAGGGUUGCGCAAGAGAAUAUGGCCAAUGGCAUUGAAGACCUCAUUGGGAUCCCCUUCCCAAACCACAGCAGUGAAGUCCUUUGUGGGCUGAAUGAACAGCGGCAUGAUGGCCUUCUUUGUGAUGUGAUUCUCAUUGUCCAAGAUCAAGAAUACCGAACCCACAAGUCUGUGCUGGCUGCUUGUAGCCAGUAUUUUAAAAAACUCUUCACUACCGGCACUUUAGCAGACCAGCCCUACAUUUAUGAGAUCGACUUUGUCAAACCUGAAGCACUUUCAGCAAUUCUUGAGUUUGCCUACACCUCGACCCUUACCAUCACCACUGCGAAUGUCAAGCACAUCCUCAACGCGGCAAAGAUGCUGGAGAUCCAGUGUGUGAUUAAUGUCUGCCUCGAAAUAAUGGAGCCUGGGGAAGAGGAAGAAGAUGAGAAGGAAGAGGAAGAGGAAGAAGAGGAGGAGGAGGAAGAGGAGGAAGAGGAGGAAGAAGCAGCAGGUGACUUUGGGAACCAGAAUCCAUCAGAUGCUCAAGAUCUCAGUUGUCACCAAAGUCCUUCCAAGUCAGACCUUCCUGAGGAACCUUUCCAAGAGACAACUGAUGUUUUCCCCACCCGUUUCCCACCCAGCAGCUCUAACAGCUCACUAGGUGUAAUACGAGACUUCUCCAUUGAAUCCCUCUUGAGGGAGAACCUGUACCCUAAAGUGACCCUUCCAGAACGGAGGCCGGUUCUGUCUCCCUUCAUGCCUGACCUCUUCCCCCAUCUAUGGAACGGAGACUUUGGCCCCUUUGCCCAAGUAGAAGAGCAGCAGGUGGACAACACACCCUUGGACCUGGUGAUCAAAAAGCAAAAAAUCAAGGAAGAGGAGAAAGAUGAACCCUUGCCCACCCCUUUUCCAAACAGCCUCUUCAAGGAUGUGUUUGCAAACACUUCAGCAGCCCCCUUUGGGCACAUUAAGGCUGAAAAUGAUUACAGUGCUUACCUGAACUUCCUGAGCACCGCCCACUUUGGCAGAGUCUUCCCUCACUGGCCAGAAGAAAGGAAGAUCAAACCCAAAGCUUCCCAGCAGUGCCCAAUUUGCAACAAAAUCAUCAUGGGGGCUGGGAAACUACCACGGCACAUGAGGACCCACACAGGAGAGAAGCCAUAUAUGUGUAAUAUCUGUGAAGUCCGGUUCACCAGGCAAGACAAGUUGAAGAUCCACAUGCGGAAGCACACGGGGGAGAGGCCGUACCUCUGCAUCCACUGCAGCGCCAGGUUCGUCCACAACUACGACCUGAAGAACCACAUGCGGAUCCACACGGGCAUCCGCCCUUACCAGUGCAAGUUCUGCUACAAGAGCUUCACCCGUUCCGACCACCUGCACCGCCACAUCAAGCGCCAGAGCUGCCGGAUCUCCCGGCCCAGGAGGGGACGCAAGUCGACCCCCUGGAGAACGGCCAGCUUGCUCUUCGCCCCGGCCGGGCAGCCAGAUGACAAAAGCUUCCUUGUGCCCCCGGCUCUCGAAGAGAUGAGUGGCCACCUGGGCGGCCCUGCCCUGUGCCUUCCGGGCCCAAGCCCCAAGCAUUUCAUGGAAGGGGCCAAGAACGGGUUGAAUCUGCAAGAGCUGGAGAGCCAGUUGGAGGAAACCCAGAUGAAGCUGUUUGGGAGGACGCACCUGGACCUGGAGCGGAACAGCGGCCUGUUUGCCUUCGCGCUGAGUCACGGCGAGGGCCUCUCGGCACGGCCGUAUUUUUCCCUCCCGGACCCCUGGAGCUCCGGGUUCAGUGGACUGGCAGCGCUCAACCCUCUGGCCUCCCUCUCUGAAGCUAGCAACUGAGUUGCCUUCUCUCCAUGGAUGGGUUGGAUGUUCUCCAGCACUGCAUUGGUUCCCUCUUACGAAAGAACCAGUCAAGAAUCAAGGACAUUUUCUUUUCUUUAUAAAAGGACUGUCUUGAAACUGAAGCUCCCUUCAGAACUUGCCUAGCGUUUUUCAAAAUGCCCCAAAAGACAUCUCUUCUUUGCUCCAACAAAUGCAGGGAAGGAAAACAGAAUUUCCAACAGCAUCUUCAGACUUUUUCUCUUGGUUUAUUUCAACUGUACUGACACCUUUCUGAGUUUUACAUCUUAUUUUCGGGGGUUGCUUUGAUUUUGACUCUUUUUUUUUCUUUUUUCAGAGGGGCUGUACAAUCUGGAGUCCUUGUAAAAUAUCCAAAGAUUCUAUUGACUGUAUCAUCCACAAGAACUUGAAGCAAAAAAGACCCCUUUGCUUUACCCAUUUGGUUACACUUCCUGAAUGUUGGAAUGGGGAUGUGGUAGAAAGGGCGGGGAAUCCUUUGAAAUUUUUCUAUUUAUAACUAUUUUUAUGUGAUUGCUUUAUGUAAAGAAAAAAAUAAUACAUCAGACAGAUUUGCCUUAGAUAAUCAAGGGACAAUCAUCCUUAACUUUGGCUGAAGUUCUAGAUUUGUGUUUCUAAAAGACAAGUAUAUAUACUUUAUGUAUUUAUUAAGCAUUUAUUAACUGAUUUUAUUAAAUUAUUGGCCGAACGCAGGAUCUUUUGUAUGCCUGUUAGUCAAGCAUGGGGAAGAUAAAGCUCAUACAUUCUUGGGCAGCAAAGUUGUAAGUAUGCUUGUCACGUUCCUGCUUUCUGUCAUCAUGCAGACACUUAGAAACCUCUUAAAAUGGACACCUACAGAAUGUGAUGUGUGAAGGGGUACCAACAAUGUUCCAAAUUUAAUCCCACACACUUGACCAGAUCUGGGCCAUUCUGUUUGAGUGAGGGUCCUUUUCAAAGGCCUUUACUUUUGGACUUUGCCCCCUGCUCCUUUGCACAGUCAGAGGGAAACAAGGGGGGUUGAUCGUGUCCCUGCAGUUAAGGAGUUAAGGUUGAUUGCCCCUGGAUCAUCUCCUUUUGGGUCACCUGUUAACUGGCUCCUGGAUGGGUUCAUGUUUUAGUUUUGGUUUCUUUUUUUCUGGUGGAAAGAACAUUACAGACUUUUAUUAAUGCUCUCGCUGUUUCUGGAUAUUUAAUACAUGGCCACGGUGCCAGACCCCGGGAUCAUAUUGUUACAGCUGUUUGAUUGCAGGGGAGGGGCGUUCACCAUUUUGGGUUGUCCUGUCUGUAGCUGGUUUCUCCUGGGACCAAGUCUUUGUCUGUUUUUCCAUGGCAUCUAGUAUC